UUUGAUUGGAGAGAUUAUGGAGUUAUUACCCCUGUCUAUUAUGACCGAUCGUCCGUUGAUAACUCUGCCAGCAUCGUCAUAGCAGGUAGAUUAUAUAGACAUAGCAGGUAGAUUGUAUAAACAUAGCAGGUAGAUUGUUUAGUCAUAGCAGGUAGAUUGUUUAGUCAUAGCAGGUAGAUCAUAUAAACACAGCAGGUAGAUUAUAUAGUGACAGCAGGUACAUUUUAGAAAGACCAUUUAUAAAAAAGUGGAAAUAAGAUUAUUAAGAAAUCAUUCAAAUAAAUUAAGAACUAUUUACGUUUGAUACAUCAAUACACGUAUGUGAUUCAUCAAUACACGUAUGAUACAACAAUAUACGUAUGAUACAAAUAUACACGUGUGAUACAGCAAUGCACGUAUCAUACAAAAAUCGUAUUCUUAUGUAUUGUUUAUGAUGGGCUGGUUUGGUUUAAUAAUUUGCCGGUACAAUCAAUCUUCAAAUUUCACCGUCAAUUCGAACAAAAAAAUAUAUAACUAUGCGAACAUGUAUUUAUUUACAGUGAUAUUUACAACGAUAACUUAUCAUAGAUAUCCUGUCCAAAUCCAAUCCUUCCCUCCACAGAGUGUGUAGAGAGUCUGAACGCCAUUCAGGACAAGACUAAAGCAAUUGUCUUGAGUUGGCGAGAGGUUGUCGACUGCUGCCAGGAUUAUCCCCACGAACCAAAGUGGACUUGGUUUGAAUGCAUCCUUAACAUAGGGGGGCUCUGCACGGAGGCUGAUUACAAAAGUGGUUCAGGUGUAUGCAAUAAUAAAACGUGUUCCUCGGUGGGAAAAGUUAGUAAAAAACUGUUUUAA